GCGAUAAUAUCUCUAUCUAUCGAAUCCCGUCCACAUUCGACGGAACCUCGACCACUACACUACGAUCAGGACCCAGACAGCAACGGCGCAUGUAGCAAAGGACUUCCGCCGCAUAUACCACACCCUAUUGGACGCAAGACAAUACAAGCCAGCAUGCAUUCCUCCGUCGUGCGCAUCCAAAAUGUCUUUGGAUUCUUCACCACAGUGGCAUUCGUCGUCGCAGCUUUGAUCGCAUGCACAGAUAUCAUUUCGCCCCGUACACCCAGUGCCAAAGUAGACGUAAAGGAUAUCCAAGUCGUAAAAGGACGUCCGCAUUACUAUUCCACGAAAAAAGAAGAAUACGCACAUAUCCGUUUCUCUCUCAACGCAGAUUUCUCCUCCCUCUUCAACUGGAACACUAAACAAGUUUUCGUCUAUGUUUCUGCAUCAUGGCCUUCCAAUUCUUCGGAGCCUCAAGUUUUGAAUAACGAAGCGGUUAUCUGGGAUACGAUUAUUACGAAUCCAAGCGCGGAUCAUUUGCAGAAUAUUGGGCCGGCUGCGAUGAAGAAAUUGGUUAAGAGUAGUAAGGGAAAGAGUAUUGAUCCUUCAAGAGGCAUCCUGAAACUCAAGAAUCAAAAAGCAAAAUACCAAAUCACGCAACCGGGUGGAAAACUUGCCUCAACAGAAGGAGUCGUAUUGAAGGUUCAUUAUAAUGUGCAGCCAUGGGUUGGCGCACUUACUUGGACUCCUCAGAUAGAAUUUUUGGGUUGGAAAAAGGUCAAGGGGGGUGUGAGUAAGGUUUUUGGAUUACCGGCUCUGAAGGAAAAGAAGAAGGCUGCAGAGGAGAAAACAAAGCAGAAGGGUGUUUAGGGUGAUCUACAAGGGGAUAGGGUCAAUGAAUUGGUGGUAAGGAAAUGGGAUUUAUGUAUUGUUAUAGAAUUGGACUGGAGGGAUGCGGACGCAAAGUAUACCAUGUUGGGUUUCGGCAACGAACCAUUAUUUUCCAAGCAUCAUUGUGCUGGCUCCAUUUCCUAUUCGUUUCCAUUGAGCUAUCUUCGUCAUUCUGCCAUUCCCAAGUGAAAAGAUCAUGCCGUCUUGGAGGAUUUGUGCAUAAAUAUUGUACACGACAAAACGUGAUGUGAAAGUCGCGUGACAUCAAUAGCUAAUAUUUCUACUUCCUCCUUCUGUAGACUUGAAAAGACAAUCGAUAUUCUACCA